AUGGCCAUCACAUCUUCCUCCUCUGCCACCUCAACAUCCCACAACAAGGCCCUCGCCGGCGUCCACAACCUCGUCAACAGAACCAAAAAAAUGCGCUUCCCCCGUCGUGCAAACCGGUACCUGCAGCAACAGGACGAUAUUGGCUACACAGACGGCCAGUUCAUGGCCCCUGCUCCUAAAAUAGGACUCACCAUCGGAUCACUUCUCAAAGUCGGUAUCAUGACCAGUCCCGACUGGCUUGAUAAGGGAACACCGCUAUUGAUCCUUGGCGCUCUUUGCUUCAUCCCAGGAUCGUACCAUGUUGGUCUCGCUUACUACGCAUACCAAGAGUACGAUGGCUACUCGUUCUCCCACAUCCCGGACAUAGAUGAUUAA